UUCGAGCCGUCGGAUCAACGCCCCUGUGCAUAUCCUGGCCGUCCAAUAAAUCUCUUUACCUAGUUCGGCUUGGGCCUCGCACCGACUCCGACUCCGACCCCGACUCCGACUCGCCGCCGCCCUUGCGCCGCCUCCGCGGAGCCCUCCCCUCCCCGCCGGCGGCGGCUGCGAAGGUGCGGCACCGACUGGAUUGGAUGGCAUCGAGGGUUCCGUCUCCACCGUGCGCGGCGGCGCGGUCCGGUUGGGCUGUCCCGAUGGUCUCCGUCCGGCCGGCGAGAUCCGGCGUGGCGAGAGGACGUGCUGUGGUGUGCGCCGUUAUCUUCAGGCCGUGUAUCGAUAUUCAUAAGGGGAAAGUUAAACAGAUUGUUGGCUCUACUCUUCGGGAUUCAUCAAACGAUGGCACGGCACUUGUUACAAAUUUUGAAUCAGACAAACCUCCAGCAGAAUUUGCAAAUAUAUAUAAAGAGGAUGAACUUAUUGGUGGACAUGUAAUCAUGCUUGGUGCAGAUCCUGCUAGUCAAGCUGCUGCCAUGGAAGCACUACAUGCAUAUCCUGGUGGUUUGCAAGUUGGAGGUGGAAUAAAUUUGGAGAAUGCGAUAUCUUACCUUAAUGAAGGUGCCAGUCACGUGAUUGUUACUUCUUAUGUGUUUAGUGAAGGCAAAAUGAACAUUGAACGGCUGAAGCAACUUGUCGAUCUGGUUGGGAAACAUAGGCUUGUUUUGGACCUUAGUUGUAGAAAAAAGGAUGGAAGAUAUGCCAUCGUGACUGACAGAUGGCAGAAAUUCAGUGAUGUCUUUGUGGAUGAGCCAACAUUAAAACAUCUUGCUGCCUAUGCAGAUGAAUUUUUGGUUCAUGGUGUUGAUGUGGAGGGGAAAAGGUUAGGAAUUGAUGAAGAACUUGUCGAACUAUUGGGACGUUAUUCACCUAUACCUGUAACUUAUGCUGGGGGUGUGUCUACAAUGGAUGACCUAGAGAGGAUAAAAAGAGCAGGCAACAGUCGAGUUGAUGUUACGGUUGGGAGUGCCCUUGAUAUAUUCGGAGGAGAUUUGCCCUACAAGGACGUCGUUCUUUGGCACAAGGAACAAAAUAUGGUUAGCCAACCAUGAUAUAUCAGAGGUAUAAUGCUUAACCUGUUCCAUCAGCUCGAUUGUUAUGCACAGACCUCCAGGGUCUAGAAGUAAUGCUAAUGCAUUUUCUCAAGUGUUGUACUGCGAAUAAUUCGAUGGGUCUUCUGUGGUAUAAGUUCAAGCUGAAGGGUUCGAUUUUGUUCGGAUCUGGAACUAGGCUUUACAUUGAGGACUGGCCGAGCUGUUUAUCAAGCGACUGCACUAUAUGUUUUUGAGAUUAAAACACUGUUAACAUGAUAUGUAAGCACAUCUACUGAGUUAGCCCGUCUGAUGGUGAAACAUAAUGGGGGCCUCCACUAGUCCACAGCUCAUUAAUCAUACUCAACAUUUGGCGUACCAAGCUGCAGUGGUUACAGUGUGUUUUCUUUGGAAGUGGGCCGAGGGAUUUAUGCCCCACUUAAAAUGUGGUCAUUUCCCCAAUUUCCUGCAGGUCAUGUGAAAUCCCUACUGCAGUACUCCUAUGUGUGCCAAGCAUGCCAAUGUGGCCAUGUGGCCUGUGGGUCUAUUGGCGACGUUUGGCUGUGGAGUACUGCUCAGUAAUGGAUUAAGUAAAACAUCUCAAAGCACCAUUUGCAACUUCUCAGCAGUUCAUAAUGCAAGAGCUGAUUUGUUUGGAACUAUUAA